CUUGAGCAGCUCAAGACAACGGCUGUGUGUGGAAUUGAGAACCGAGAAAGAAGGAACUUCGAGGGGCAAAGUGCCUUAGACAAAGUGUAAAAGGAUCAUUCAAGGAUAUUCAUUAAAAUUGAAGUGAAUAGAAACUUGUUUAAGCAAAAGUUAGAUUUCGCCAAGCAUUUAAAUAACGGUUUUUAAAUUUAAAGUAAAGCAAAUAAAAUGGCUGGCGAUAAAGUACACAAAAGCAACCUUAACACUUUGCAGGGUGAACUAGUAAGUGACGCACACGAUCCAGUGUACAUGGAUGCCUAUAACCGAUCCAUUUCGAAUCCUGAAGAAUUUUGGAGUGAUCUUGGACGCUUAAUCGAUUGGCACAAGCCAUGGGAGCGUGUUAUGGACAACAGUAAUCCACCAUUUACGAAGUGGUAUUGUGGUGGUUAUGUGAAUGCUUGCUAUAAUGCUGUGGAUCGACAUGUACUUAAUGGCAACGGCAAUAAAGUAGCGCUUAUAUACGAUAGCCCGUUGACGAAUACUAUACGUCAUGUCACCUACCAAGAGCUGUAUGAUGAGGUCUCAGUGUUUGCCGGCGGUCUCGCAAAUUUGGGGCUGCAGAAGGGUGAUCGCGUCGUUAUCUAUAUGCCACUGAUACCAGAAGCAAUUGUCGCUAUGUUGGCCACGGUGCGACUCGGUGCUGUGCACUCUGUGGUAUUCGGUGGCUUCGCAGCCAGUGAACUUUGUAUGCGUAUUGAGCAUGCUGAACCGAAAUUUAUACUUGCGGCGAAUUGUGGUGUCGAACCUCGUAAGGUUGUACCCUAUUUAGACAUAUUACAUGAGGCUGUCGAAAUGUCAAAAUGGAAACCAAUUUGUAAUAUCGUAUAUAUACGUGAAAAUAUUUUGCGUAGCGGUAAUAUGAAUUGGAAAACCGAUAUGUUAUGGGAAACGGUACAACAUUUGGGUGGACCAGUCGAUUGUGUACCCGUCGAGGCUAAUGAUCCGCUCUACAUACUCUACACCUCGGGUACUACAGACAAACCGAAGGGUGUGCAACGACCAACGGGUGGGCAUUUGGUGUCACUGAUGUAUACGAUUCAAAAGAUUUACGGCCUCAAUCCGUCUGAUGUGUGGUGGGCUGCCUCGGACUUGGGUUGGGUUGUUGGACAUUCUUAUAUGUGCUAUGGUCCACUAUUACUUGGUGCAACAAGCGUGAUGUAUGAGGGCAAACCAGAUCGUACACCCGAUCCGGGUCAGUACUUUAGAAUUAUAGAACAACAUCGCGUCAAUGCGCUCUUUUCUGUGCCAACUUCUUUCCGUGUUAUACGUCGUGUUGAUCCUGAUGUUAUAUAUGGACAAAAGUAUUCUCUUAAAUCUCUGCGUAACAUAUUCAUUGCUGGUGAACACUGCGAUAUUGAGACAAAAAGUUGGAUAGAACGUAUUUUCAAAGUUCCGGUAUUAAAUCAUUGGUGGCAAACCGAGUCGGGCUCGCCGGUUACUGCGACAUGUAUCGGUUUUAAACACAGCUUGAACCCGCCUAAAUACACAACUGGUUUGCCAGUGCUUGGCUAUAAUAUUAAGGUCCUAAAACCCGACGGUGAAGAAUGUGAGACAGCGAAGUUGGGUCGUAUCGCUUUGAAAUUGCCCCUUCCGCCUGGAUUCAUGUCGACACUUUAUAAAAAUGACGUACUCUUCAAUAAAACAUAUUUCCAGAAAUAUCCGGGCUACUACGACACAAUGGAUGCUGGUUAUAAGGAUGAAAAUGAUUAUAUUUUUGUGACGGCCCGUGAUGAUGAUGUCAUCAAUGUGGCUGGUCAUCGUAUUUCAACAUCAAGUUUAGAAGAUGCCGUUCUACGUCAUCCCGAUAUAGUUGACGCCGCUGUAUUUGGUGUCCCCGAAGCGACCAAAGGACAGGUACCACUUUGCCUUUAUAUACCAAAGGACAACAGUAAGAGGACUGGUGCGAAACUCUCGUUAGAAAUUGUUAAAAUUAUACGUGAUGUUGUUGGACCUAUCGCCGCAUUUCGUUUAGUGGCGCCCGUAGAGGCAUUACCACGUACACGGUCGGGCAAGACGAUGCGUCGAGUAAUGGCAGAUUUUGCAAAGAAUCAGUUGGUAGAAAUACCGUCUACGAUUGAAGAUCCGACAGUGUUUGCUGGCUUGCGACGAGCAUUACAAACUUUGGGUUACGCAAUGAAUGCGCCGGAUCCGGCGUUGAGUACUAAAAAUAAUUCUGAGAAUUAAACGCAUUUAGCGGGAACAAGAAAUUAGGUCAUGCAUAUGUUAGUAGUGUUAUUUUAAAGGUUACUUUAUAUAUUUAUGUAUAUGGUAAAGUUAAACAAAUAUAAAGCUGACUACGGAGUCGAA